GAUCUGGAUCAAAUCAAGGCAGAGUUACAAUAUGAUACUCCGUCGUUAGCUUCUCUCUGCCGCACAUCAAAACGGCUCAGGGACAUUGCGACGCCUGUGCUUUAUUCUCGCUUCACGACACUCAGAGGGGCUGAGACAGCUAUACCUUUCCUGGUGACCAUUUCCCAACGACAACACCUGGGCCGACAUGUAAGAAAACUUGAUCUCUGUCAGGGGACCUCUAUGGAUAAAAUUAUCGACCAAAGAAUAUUCCAAACCACUCGGGUGGACGGGAAAAUGACUGAGGCGCAGAGACAAAUACUCAACGAGGCGGCAACUCGCUUGGACAUUGAUGAAGCUUCCAUUCAUCUAGAACAGUUCGCCACUAUUGUGCAAUUGAUCCUUGCUUACACGCCCUUGGUGACAAGCGUCCACAUUGCCACAUUACUGGCGGGUACUGUGCAUGACAGAUGGGGUUACACAAUACUCAAACAGUUGGCUGCCCAGGUUCCAAGAAGGGUGUCGUUGGACUAUCUCAGAAACCUCUAUUUGGAACAUGUAAAUGACAUGAACCUUGGAAGCAGUUACAGUCUUCAAUACUUUGCGGGGAUAUUUAAGCUCGCCCCGUCCAUAGAUACUCUUCAUAUGGAUCCCUGUUCAGGAAUUGAUCUGCCUCGACAGAUUACGACGCGACCUCAAGUCUCUUUGGCAAACGUGACAACUCUGUCUCUUACUCAGGGAAACACCCCGAGCAAUGCAGUGAAGUGGAUGGUUCGAGAUUGUGCUCAAUUAAAACAUUUCCAAUACUACAGUUCAGGGUACCCGGUCGUGAACCGCGUGACCCCCAAAGAAAUUAUCCAAGUCAUACGGCUUCAUAAAGACAGUCUCCUCAGCCUUUCUCUCUUGUUGAAAGCAAAAACAACGAGGGAAUUUAAUAUGAGUAUACGCAUGCCCCCUUGUGCGGAUGGUGAGCAGAUUGUAUCCCUCAAAGCUUUUACAAAGCUUGAAAUACUUGAGUUAAAUGCGCCUGCGCCUUCGAUUCGAUUUCCAAAAGCGAAUACACCCGGGUAUCACACGCAUGUCCUCAACGAAAUGUUACCUCAGUCGAUCAAACACUUCCGUUUUACUACUCCACAGAAGGAAUGUAUAGCCAAUCUCAAAACCGUGGCUUAUUACCGAGCUAAUUGUUUCCCUCAUCUUCGAGGCGUCUAUUUGACGAAUAGUUCUAGAGUUUUUCCAGAACAAGAGACGGCUUUCGACACAAACGAGAUUGAAGCCGUAAGAGAGAAGCUGUUAAACGCUAGAGUGCGCUUCGAGCACGUGGAACUAGCCAGUUCCUAAGAAUGACGAGGAAGCAGAUUUGUGUGCGCAGCGAUCAUUCAGGAUUGGCGGUCACCAGCGUGAUUUGGUUAUUUCAGCGUUGGACAAACAAUGUUUUAUUCAUUAGCUACAGAAGACAAAAGAAGGAUAUAUGAACCCUCUUCCCUUGUUGUAAAUCUUGGCUCUGUACAUGUGAUGCUCGUUUCAAAAUGCGAUGUCCACUAUCCUAGCUCUCGGCUACGAGUGUCUAAGCUAGGAGUAGGAGAACUGUUGAGUAUAGCCGUCUGAUGUAGCGCAG